AUGGACUCAGACCCGGAGAACAAGCACCUCGACGACAAGGAUGCGAUUGAGCGUAACUUUUUGGACGAUAAACAUGCCUUCGUCGAUCCUGAUGCUACCGCUCUGGAUAUCCUGGCUCUACCGGCAGACGUCGAAGAAACUGCAGCGGUUGCAGAAGCCAUGUCUCCUGAGGAACUUCAAGAAUGUCUCUUGCACAUUAUUGACACAAACUUCCCUGCCAGAGCCCUGAUGCUUAUCCGGCAAUACCUCUACGACGACGCGAUCAAGACCGAUGCGACAGCGUAUAGACAGAUUUACGAAGAAGUCAAGAUUGAAGCCGCGAUGAUAACAAUCAACUCACCCUACGCCGAGGUCCGCGCGGUCGUCGACAAUCACGAUGAUCCCAUGCUCCCCUCGAUGACUUUCCGUGCUGGGCUUAUCGGCUUGGUCUACGUGGUUAUCGGCGCGUUCAUAAACCAAUUCUUCUCGAUCAGGCAGCCUGGCAUAAGUGUCGAGGCUAAUGUGGCGCAGCUCUUAGCGUAUCCGGCUGGGAAGCUCUUUGAGCGCGUUCUUCCGACAAACAAGUUUCGGACGUUCGGAUAUGAGUGGACUAUGAACCCGGGCAAGUUCAACAUGAAGGAGCACAUGGUGAUCACCAUCAUAGCGAAUGUGGGAUUUAACCUUCCGUACACUACCGGCAUCAUAUGGGUUCAGUCCAUUGAGAGAUUCUUCAAUCUGCCAUGGGCCAAGAACUUCGGAUACCAAAUUCUCAUUUCGCUGUCGACUAACUUCAUUGGGUACGGUUUGGCUGGGAUAACACGACGUUUCCUUGUCUACCCCUCGUACGCGAUAUGGCCUAGUAAUCUGGCUACCAUUGCGUUGAAUCGAGCAUUUCAUUCAGAGAGAAACGCAGUGGCGAAUGGAUGGCGUAUCACCCGGAUGACGUUCUUCCUAUACGCGUUCGGCGGCAUGUUCGUGUACUUUUCGUUAUCCUACUUUAACUGGAUUACAUGGUUUUCACCGAAGAAUGCCCUGCUUGCUGGUAUUACGGGUGGAAUCACUGGCCUCGGUUUGAACCCUAUCUCCACUUUCGACUACAACGUGCUCACUGUCGGCGGGGAUCCUCUUAUAAAUCCCUUCUUUACUAUGGCCAACUAUAUUGCGGGAGCCCUCAUUACCAUGCCUGUUAUAGCAGCUCUUUGGGUCAAUAAUGUGUGGUACACCGGAUAUCUACCGAUCAACUCCAAUGGCGUGUUUGAUAACACGGGGGCGAGAUAUAACGUCUCGAUGGCCGUGAAUGCUGAGGCGCUAUUUGACGCGGAGGCAUACAGGGCUUAUUCUCCCGCAUACCUCUCCGCGUCGAUGAUUCUGCUUUAUGGAUUCUUCUUCGCUACAUAUGCUGCAACGAUCUCGCAUACGGCGUUUGUGCUGGUUUUCUCUAUCGCUCUUGGGGCAGCUGGAGUCGGUGCUUAUCCGACAUCUACCACACCCGCAGUGGUGUUAUACGGUAUCCUCCUUGCUCUCGUUUUCUGCGUCCCCGUCGGUAUCAUCCGCUCAAUCACCAACGCAGAGAUAACCCUAAACGUCCUUGCUGAGUUUUUCGGAGGACUAUGGUUCCCAGGAAACGCAAACGCGUUGAACUUCUUCAAGUCAUAUGGCUUUGUCACCACUUCUCAAACGCUAAACUUCGCUCAGGAUCUGAAACUGGCUCAUUACACGCAUAUUCCUCCACGGGUGACAUUCUGGGCACAGCUUGUUGCGACCUUCGUAUCAACCUUCGUCUGCGUGGGUGUGCUCAACUUCCAGUUGACACAAAUCCCAAAUGUUUGCGCCCCGGAGCAGCAGGAUAGGUUCACCUGCCCUGGCGAGAAUACAUUCUUCACUGCCUCGGUUUUGUGGGGUACGUUGGGCCCUUCGAGGAUGUUUGGCCGAGGGGCAAUAUACAGCCCGUUGCUUUGGUGUUUCUUGAUCGGACUCGCGUUACCGGUCAUAGUCUUUUGCUUCCGGGACAGAAUGAAGAUCUUGAAGUACUUCCACCUACCCGUGUUCUUGCUUGGUUCUCUCAUUUGGGCCCCGUAUAAUUUGACUAACAUCUGGCCUGCAAUUCCCAUUGCGUAUAUAUUCAAUGUGUUCAUCAAGAAGAGGUAUCUCGGCUGGUGGUCCAAAUACAACUACGUCCUAGCCUCGGCAUUUACUUGUGCUAUUGCAAUUUCAGCGAUCAUCCAGUUCUUCGCAGUGCAAUGGUACGACGUUAACAUAUCCUGGCCGGGAAACAAUAAGCCGUUUGAGGGCUGUGAUAACGAUGCAUGCCCGUAUCUUGUUCUUGGUGACGGAGAGCAUUUCGGUCCAAUACGAGCUGAAAUUGAAGUAGAACUUGACGAGAUAUAA